AUGGUGGAAAAAAGGUUACAUCGAGUAUUUCAAUAUGUGUAUUUACUUAUUGAAUUGGCUUUGGUUUUACCUGUUGCAACUGCUUCAGUGGAGAGAGCAUUUUAUGCCAUGAAUAUCAUUAAGAGUCCACUCUGCAACAUAAUGAGGGAUCAAUGGUUAAAUGAUAGCUUAGUUGUUUAUAUUGAGAAAGAUGUUUUUUCUUGUAUUGACAAUGAAACUAUCAUGACACGUUUUCAAAACUCUGAAAUUGAUGCUAAGAAGGAAGAACUAGGAAAGAAGAUGCCUCAACAUUGUGCAGACUCUAAAAUUGAUCCUGAGAAGGAAAAACUAGGAAAGGAGAUGCUUAAACAUUGUGCAGGUCUACCAUUAGCCAUUACUGUGCUUGCGGGACUUCUAGCUAGAAAAGUCACAGUUGAGGAGUGGAAAAAAGUACACGAGAAUGUUGAUGUAUAUAUACGGAGAGGAACUAAUCUUGACCAAGAAUAUAAAGGCGAUCAAGAAUAUGCAGGCCAUUUUCCAGAGGAUUAUGAGAUACCAGUCAAAAGAUUGCGUCAGUUAUGGAUAGCAGAAGGUUUUAUAUCUUCAGCAUCCCAAGGACAUGGUUCAGCGGAAGUAUUGGAAGAUGUAGCAUAUACUUGCUUAAGUGAGUUGGUGCAAAGAUGUAUGGUUCAAGUUGGAACACUUGGUUCAACUAAGAAGAUCAAAACAUGUCAUCUUCAUGAUCUUAUGCGAGACUUGUGCUUGGUAAAGGCAGAAGAGGAGGACUUUCUUCACGUUGUAAAUUUUACUAGCACGAUAACCAAGGCAGCGACAAUUCCUAAAGUUCGAAGACUUGGUGUAUAUGUGGAGGAAAAAUGUGUUGAAAGCUUUGCUCCCACAAGAAAUGACCACCUUAGGUCUUUGUUAUUCUUUGUCGACCCAGAAUAUGGAUUCUCCAACUGGAAGAAAAAAUUCUUGCGAGGGAAGUUGAAGUUGGCUACUCUUGGGAAUUUGCAGAGUUUAGUCAAUGUUGCAGGUGCUGAUUGUGAUUUGAAUCAUCUUGCUGAAUUGACCAAUCUCAGAAAACUGUUCAUCAUAACAGGUGGGGUGAAAAAUAUGGAGGAAAUGUUGAAAUCUACUGGCAUCACAUUUAACCAUAUUCGAUCUCUAUCUCUAUCAGUGGGGGAUGAAGUUAUGCCAAUGAAUAUGGUAUUGAGUUGUCCUCAUAUAUACAACCUUGAGUUGGCAGGGAGAAUGAGAGAUAAAUCAUUGGAAGGUCUCCAGUACUAUCAAAACCUCACUAAGAUGUCGCUGUGGGAUACUAAUCUACCGUUGGAGAGUCUCAAAAUACUUGAGAAGAUCCCAAACUUAAGAAUGCUUUGGCUUCAUUGUUUGCUUGGAAUUGAGGGCAGUUCCUGA